AUGCCAGCCAGUGCUCAACACUCUUUGAAACCUGAGUUUCAUUCUCAAGCCUUGAAGGCUCCCGCGGCGUUGGUUCAGCCGGCGGCUUACCAAAGUUCGGACAGCUACGUCGAGCCCGUCAUCGGAAACGAAGCGGUCUUCACCGACGAGCAAGGCAAUAUCUCUCCGGUGAGCUAUACCGCCGGAUGUUGCGAUUCUUGCACCAGCGGUUGUGCGGAUGUCUGCUGCGACCCUUGCUGUGGCGACUGCUGUGAUCCAUGCUGCGGCGGAUGCAAUUCCUGCUGCGAUGGUUGCGGGCUAUUUGGCGGUUUGAUCAAGCCCUCGGAGCGAUGCUUCGACAUGAUCAGCCCCAUUUCGAACCCGUUGUUUUUUGAAGAUCCCCGCACCUUGACCGAGGCGCGGUUGAUCUAUGCCAAUCACAACAUUCCGAAUUCGCAACCGCUGCUCCAAGGUGGGAACGUUCAGUACUGGGCCCUGCAACUUCGGGCUGCUCUGACCGAGCGACUGUCGAUCAUUGCCACGAAAGACGGCUACAUCGACAUUCACGCCAACAACCCUGCGUUACCCGACACGCAAGGUUGGGCCGACGUUGCAUUGGGGUUGAAGUACAACCUGAUUCGUGACCCUUCGACCCAGUUUCUGCUCAGCGGUGGCGUGGUCUACGAAAUCGAUAUGGGAGCCCACCAGGUAUUCCAGGGCAAUGGCGAUGGCGAGUUCCACCUGUUCCUCACCGGUUACAAGCGAGUCUUCGGUGGGGUGAACUGGAUCAGCGCCUCAGGCUUCCGGUUGCCGACUGAUACCAAUGCCAGAAGCCAGAUGUGGUACUGGUCGAAUCACUGGGACUAUGAAGUGUUCGAAGACCUGUUCGCCUUGUUCGAAGUGAACUGGUUCCAUUGGAUGCGUAGUGGCGAUGCCCUGCCGGGUGUGAACUUCGAGGGCGGCGACCUGUUCAACCUGGGUUCGGGCAGCGUGGCCGGAAACGACAUCGUCACGGCAGCCGUAGGCGGACGGUACAAGUUCACCGACCACGCCAUCUUGGGCGUGGGCUGGGAAUUCCCGCUGACCCACCGUCGCGACCUGCUGCACGACCGACUUGCAACGACCGCAAUCUCCGAUCAAAAUGCUGGGAUCAUGAGCAACCACACCUUCUUCGGAUAUUGGUUUACCUUUACCCCGCCGGAUCAUCCGGCGAUUCGGCUCUCGGGGCUUUUUUUGUGCGCAUCGCCGGCCGAACCCUUUGUUUACCGCUCAUUUCCACAGUACCAGGAGAACGACAAGGUGAUUCUCGUCAUGCAAAGAAACCAUACGGAGACCGACCUCGAUGAGACCAUCGGAAGGGUCGAAGGGCUGGGCCUGAAGGCCAAUGUGAUCGUGGGGACCGAGAGAACAGUGAUCGCCGCGGUGGGGGAUGAACGAGACGGAUACAAAGAAACGCUCGAGGCCUGCCCGGGCGUCGCAGAAGUGCUGCCAAUUCUGGCCCCAUACAAGAUGGCCAGCAUCGAAGUUCAGCCCGAGCGAACCGUGAUUCGGGCCGGGAAUUUCGAAGUAGGCGGAGGUCGAAUCGGGGUGAUCGCGGGCCCCUGCUCGGUUGAAUGCCAGGAGCAGAUUCUGGCCUCGGCCCAAGCGGUAAAAAAACAGGGUGCAACGGCCCUGCGCGGUGGAGCGUUCAAGCCAAGAACCAGCCCCUACAGCUUCCAAGGCCUUAAAGAAGAAGGGCUGAAACUUUUGGCCUCGGCCCGCGAGGCAACCGGGCUGGCCAUUGUGACCGAAGUAGUCGCCACCGACGACGUGGAACUUGUCGGAAAAUACGCAGACAUUCUGCAAAUUGGUGCCCGCAAUAUGCAGAACUACCGAUUGCUGGAAGCCGUGGGUAACCAGGUACGCCCGGUGCUGUUGAAGCGGGGUCCCAGUGCCACACUCGACGAAUUGUUGCUGGCCGCCGAGUACAUUCUCGAUGCGGGCAACCCCAAUGUGAUGCUCUGCGAACGGGGCAUUCGUACGUUCGAGGCCCACACCCGCUUCACACUCCCGCUGGCCUCGGUUGCGUGGUUGCAGGCCCGGACGCAUCUUCCGGUGGUUGUUGACCCCAGCCACGGCACAGGCCACACCGACUUGGUGCCGCGGAUGGCUUCGGCCAGUAUCGCCGCGGGUGCCGACGGGCUGAUUAUGGAAGUUCACCCAGAUCCCUCGCGGGCGCUGAGCGACGGCUACCAGUCGCUGAACUUCGAUCAGUUCGCCAAGACGAUGGAAAUGUGCCGCCGCGUGGCCGAUGCGGUGGACCGAGAACUGUAA